CAAGUUUCUCCACCAUGCUGCGAUCAGCCGUCGCCUUCGCGCUCGCCGCCUCUGCUGCUGCCUUCGCUCCCUCCCCUGUCCUCCCCAGGGCUGCUCAGAGGGCUGCCGCUGCUCGCAAUGGUCCCACCAUGCAGCUCUACAAGGAGGGUCAGCUUCAGGGUGCCACCGUCAACCUCUAUUCCUUCUUGGAGCGCCCCCCUGCUCUCGAUGGAACCUGGGUUGGUGAUGUUGGCUUUGACCCGCUCGGCUUUUCCAACAUCAUCGACAUGCGCUGGCUUCGUGAGGCUGAGUUGAAGCACGGACGUGUCUGCAUGCUUGCUGCCACUGGAAUGAUUGUUCAGGACGUCUACCAGUUCCCUGGAGUCACCAAGACCUUCGGUGCCGCCAAGAUGACUGCGCUUCACGAUGCUGCUGUCAAGCAGGGAGCCAUGCAGCAGCUCCUCCUCUGGCUUGGAUUUAUCGAAAUCUUCGGCUUCGUUGCCAUUGUUCAGAUGCUCCAGGGAUCUGACCGUCAGCCCGGAGACUUCGGAUUUGACCCCCUCAACUGCGCCAAGAACCCCAACGCCCUCGCCCGCCGCCAGCUCGUCGAGUUGAAGAACGGCCGCCUUGCCAUGAUCGCCACCGCUGGUAUGCUUCACCACUACUUCAUCACCGGCAAGGGCCCCAUCGAGCUCAUCACUGGAUAAAUAUUGACAACAUAGAAAGUACUGCAUGCAUGGAUACACUUGUUUUUUUUUGAAAUGAAAGUAUUUCGAACUUCCU